CAACUUGUCAUUCACUGGAUGUUGUUGUUUGAAUGAAGUAUAUGUUGUGUUUCUUGUAUCAAUUGUGGUGCAUACAUGUCAAUGAGUGAUUGAUUGGUAUUACUCUCGCAACUCUAUUGCAAACAAAUUGAAUGGGGAAGAGUGGAAGAUAUUAUUUGAAUGCAAUCCAAAGUAAAGCACAUACAAGCAUGUUAUGGUACCAGAGGCUGUAGAAGGAAACCUAAAUUAAUGUUCAAAUCAUCUUCUGUUCUUUCAAGAGCCCUUUCUAAGUCAUAUUUCCAAAAGUUCAUCCCUAUAUCAUGGAAACGAAAUCUCAGAAACAGUCUCCCAGACACUCCAUAUGAAUGUGAAGAACCUGUCACAGAUUCUAAAUCUUUACCAAAAGACCCCCCUACAAAGGGGGAAACUCUUAUAGAUUCUCUUCAGUCAUCCCUCAGGACCUUUACAAGUCAAGGCCAAUUACACCAUAGCUUUAAGGUCUUCUCUAUCAUCCAGUUCCAUGCUGCUUCUUCCAAUUCUUUUGAUCUUAUAUUACACCCAAUAUCCUUGCUCCUCGCAUCUUGCAUCACCCUUAAAUCACUUCCACAAGGGAAACAACUCCAUUCUCACAUUAUCUCGUUGGGUCUUGAACAGCAUCCUGUUUUGGUACCCAAACUUGUCACCUUCUAUUCAUCCUUUAACUGCCUUAAUGAUGCCCAUUCUAUAACUGAUAAUUCUAAUACUUGGCAUGCUUUGCCAUGGAAUAUUUUGAUCUCUGUGUAUGUUAAGAAGGGGUUGUAUAGUGAAGCAAUGUCUGCUUAUAAACAAAUGGUCAACAUGGGGAUCAAGCCUGAUAAUUUUACAUAUCCUUCUGUACUGAAGGCUUGUGGUGAAGCAUUUGAUCUAGUUUUUGGAAGAGAGAUUCAUUGGUCAGUUGAAGCUAGCCAUCUUGAGUGGAGCUUGGUUGUACAAAAUGCUCUGAUUUCCAUGUAUAUCAAGUGUGAUGAAGUUGGUAUUGCACGUUCAUUGUUCGACAAAAUGCCAGAAAGAGAUGUUAUUACUUGGAAUUCAAUGAUCUUUGGUUAUGCUUCCAGAGGAAUGUGGGUGGAGGCCUUUGAACUGUUUGAGAGGAUGCGAGAUAGAGCUAUUGAAGUGAAUAUAGUAACUUGGAAUACUAUAGCUGGUGGUUGUCUUCAGACAUCAAACUAUAAGGGAGCGCUUGAUUUGAUUUCACAGAUGAGAAACCGUGGGGUUUGGUUAGAUAUCGUCUCAAUGCUUAUUGGAUUGGGUGCAUGUUCUCGAAUCGGUUGUGUAAAAUUGGGGAAGGAGAUUCACAGUUCUGCUAUCCGUAGCUGUUUUGAGGAGGUCGAUAGCAUUAAAAAUGCACUAAUCACCAUGUAUUCAAGGUGUAAGGACCUCAGACAUGCUCAUGUCUUGUUCCGGUUGACAGAAACUAAGAGUAUAGUUACAUGGAAUUCCAUGAUCUCUGGUUGCAGCUGCUCAGAUCGAUCUGAGGAAGCCUCCUUUAUAUUUAGGGAGAUGUUGACAUCUGGGAUUGAGCCAAAUUAUGUGACAAUUGCAAGUAUUCUUCCUCUUUGUGCUCGAGUGGCAAACUUGCAACAUGGAAAAGAGCUCCACUGUUACAUACUGAGGCAUGGAGGGUUCAAGGACUAUUUGCUACUAUGGAAUUCUCUUGUGGAUAUGUACUCAAAAUCUGGAAGAAUCUCAGAAGCUCAAAAGGUGUUCAACUUGAUGAGCAAGAGGGAUGAAGUCACCUAUACUUCUUUGAUAACUGGAUAUGGGAGUCAAGGGGAAGGACAAGUUGCACUGAAACUAUUUGAGGAGAUGAACAUGUCUAGGAUCAAACCAGAUCAUAUAACAAUGGUAGCUAUUCUGUCAGCUUGCAGUCAUUCAGGUCUUGUGUCCGAAGGACAAAGGAUAUUUGACAAGAUGACCACCUUGUAUGGGAUAAAUCCCCAAUUGGAGCAUUUUGCUUGCCUGGUUGAUCUGUUUGGGAGGGCGGGUUUGUUGAGAAAGGCGGUAGAAAUCAUCACACGGAUGCCAUUCCGACCAAGCCCUCCAAUGUGGGCCACACUCAUAGGGGCGUGUCAUAUCCAUGGGAACAUGGAGAUUGGAGAAUGGGUGGCUGAGAAAUUGUUAGAGAUGCAGCCUGAUAAUGCAGGAUACUAUGUGUUGAUUGCUAACAUGUAUGCAGCUGCUGGGUGUUGGAGCAAACUAGCAAAGGUGAGGACAUUCAUGAGAGACUUGGGUGUGAAAAAGACUCCUGGUUGUGCUUGGAUUGAUGUGGGCAGUGGAUUUUACCCAUUUCUGGUUGGGGAUAGAUCAAACUCACAUGCACAAGAGAUUUAUUCAUUGUUGGAAGGAUUGACUGAGGUUAUGAAAGAUGCUGGCUAUGUUGCCUCCAAUAAUUUGGGUUUAUUAGCAAGUGAAGACUUUGAGUGAGAGUAUGGACAAGUAAACUCAUCUGAAGCUCAUGCGCAAUACAAAUUGUACUCGGGAGAUCCUGUUUGCAACGGACUUGUGAUAAUACACCUACAAGCGAUUUCUUAGCAGCACCAGGAGGAUAGCUCAUUCGAGAACCAUUCAACAAAUUUCUGUACAUUCUUAGUGAAACUGCAAGCAGCCAAUGUGCCAUGGUUGCUGAUGUUGAGCAUCCUUGUUAAACAUUGGAACUAAAAAGUAAAUGGGAAAGCUGUAAGCAAGGAUAGAAAAUGUUUAAACUCGAACUUGGAAAGCUUGAUGCCAUCAUAUUGGAGUAGUUUUAUGUCAUUUCUCUCUC